AUGACUUUAAAAAUAGACCUUAUGAAUGUUACCAUUUCCAGUUUAGAAACCUUUGUUAUGAUCUGCCUUGGAUCCCAGGCUAGGAGACACCUUUAUCCAGUAGAUAUAUUAGCAGGUAAUCCUGAAGUUCUCCAAGAAGCAACUGAAGCCUACUAUGAAAAGCUUCUGCAGCAAGCUUCAUCUCCUCCUGAGUUUUUUUCCAUUCCUUGUGGAGAGAAGGUUAACAUUGAAGAUUCCUGUAUGUGUUUCCUUCCUGUGUACCGAGAAGACCCAAAAUAUAAAAUUUUGGUGUUAACAGCUCCACAGGAUAAAGAAAAAGUAUUGGCAGUUUACCUUAACCAGUCCUGGUGGUCCAUUGAAGAUGUAUUGAAGACUGCUGAUUCCUCUAGAGAAGGACUUAUACAGGUCCAAACAUUUGGAGAAAGGAUUGUCCUCUUUGUUCUCAACUACAUUAUUUUUGGACUGUUAGAAAGGAGUUCAGCUAAUGAUACAUUCUUUGUAUCUCAUUCCGCCAAGGAGUCUGCCAAAAUAUUCUGGAGGAAUGGAGAUGCUGUUGCUUUUUACACAGCCAAAAUGAAAGGAAGCCUGUGUGAUGAGAACACCAGUCAAUGCUAUCUGCUCCCAGUUUUGGAUACUGUAUUUGUCCGGAGAAAGUACAGAAGAUGUGGCCUGGGUAUGAAAAUGCUGCAUGAUUUCUGUCAGUCAUUUGUGACCGAAGAUGCCUUGGGGAUCAGCUGCCCUAUUUCUGCUGACAUGUACCAAGUUUGCCAGAAAUUCUUGCAGACCUACCCAGAGGAGCAGGAUCGACUGUGGGAAGUGGAAGCACCGGGGGACUGGAGCCAGCGUGUUAGUAUCUGGUUAAAGAUUCAGCUGGAGCCAACCUUUUCAGAAAAAAACACAGUUCAUCAGACUGCUUCAGAGCAGGAAGGGGGCUGUCCAGUAGAGAGACCUCAGGAUGGUGAACCCAGAUGCUUAUGUGCAGGCCAGAUUAAUGAGGGAGGUGUACGCAUUCCUGGUAUUAGGAUAGUGGCACAAGAAGCCAGAGACAAUAAAGAUAAUACAGCAGGAGACGCAAGGACAUUAUCCCUGCACAUUUCCAAGGAGGAGGACUUGAGUCAAGGUACAGCUGAUAAGCAGCAAUGUAAGGGAUCUAGGAAAAGAGCAAACACUGUGAGCCAGCUUGAAGACCAGGCUGUUAAGCAUCUCCGAAUGAUGCUUUAAUUGCCUAACUCAAGGAGCAAGAGCCAUUGUGCAGUUGUAAAAGGCUAAAAAUAAUAGACUAAAAUAAUCAUAAUCUUUAACCACACUGAGAUUUUUCCAGAUUAGUUACAAGUGCUAUUCAAGGCAAAUACUCUGAAUCUUGAUGCUUAUUUAAAAAAAAAAAAAAAAAAAAAAAAAGAUUGUUUUUCUAGUUCUUUUCUUUUGCUUCUUUCCUUCCAGGAAAUUAAAUAGUAGUCAAGUCUUGUUAUUUUCCUGUUCUGAAAAGGUUUUAAUGGAUUGCGUUAGAUGUCUAGAAAGAAGUAAUUAGGUGACUGGUAGAUACUGAUGUAAAAAGAUAUUUCUAUGGAAACAACAUCUUGUAUUAUUGGAGAGAGGUACUUUAGUACAGGUUGGUAUCAGAACAACGGCUGUAUAACCUACCUUUCAAAAAAGAAUAAAUGAUCUGGAAAUACUUUCAGCGGAA